UUUAAACCCCUAUAAAUCAAGAAAGGAGAAAGAGAAGAAGAAUCAACAAAAAAAAAACAGAAGCAAUCAAUGUCUUAUUCUUCCCUCAAAUUGCCAAUCUUUCUCAUUCUCUCAUCUCUUCUCCAUGCCGCUUUAGGGGAAGAAAUCAUUUGUGAGAAUCUGCCCGCUAGUAUGUGCGCGUUCUCGAUAUCUGCUACCGGGAAAAGAUGUUUACUGGAGACAGCUAACGUCGCCGGAGAAUACACUUGCCGGACUUCCGCGGUGGAAGUUAAAGGAAUUGUAAACCACGUGGAGAGCUACGAGUGUGUAGCCGCUUGUGGUGUUGAUCGGAAAACCGUAGGGAUCUCAUCGGACGCAAUGAUGGAGGCAGGAUUCGCCGCUAAGCUUUGCUCUCCGGCUUGUUUGGAUUAUUGUCCUAACAUUCUUGAUCUUUAUUUCAAUCUCGCUGCCGGUGAAGGUGCAUUCUUACCUGAUCUGUGUGAUGCUCAACGGACAAAUCCACACCGUUCGAUGUUGGAAAUGCUCAGUUCUGGCGGGGCUCCUGGGCCUGCUUCUGAGACAGCUCCAGGCCCUGUCUCCGACUCCGACUCCUCAGCCCCUGCUCUAGCUCCGGCUGCUAUGUAAAAUUUUUAUUUUGGGAGAAGCUGCUAUCACUACAAGAAAACA